CAAUGUCUGUGAUGUUUGGACUAAAGUCCUCCUAGCCAUACAGGUGUUUCUGUCCUCUCUUUUACCCGUCCUCAGGUACCUCCCAGCCCUGCAUCCAAAGGAUGGGGACCCAGAAGAACCACACAGCUCCAGCCCAGGAGGCUGAGGGCCCCAGCCUCUCGCGAGCACCCCCAGAGGACCCCAAGUCAGACAUGCUCUACAAGAUCGAGGACGUGCCUCCGUGGUACCUCUGCAUUCUCCUGGGAUUCCAGCACUACCUGACCUGUUUCAGCGGGACCAUUGCUGUCCCCUUCCUCCUUGCGGACGCCCUGUGUGUGGGCAAGGACCAGUACAUGGUCAGCCAGCUCAUCGGCACCAUCUUCACCUGUGUGGGAAUCACCACCCUGAUCCAGACCACUCUGGGCAUCCGGCUGCCCCUGUUUCAAGCAAGUGCCUUUGCCUUCUUGGUUCCAGCCAAAGCUAUCCUGUCCCUGGACAAAUGGAGAUGUCCCCCAGAAGAGGAGAUCUAUGGCAACUGGAGUUUACCUCUGAACACAUCACAUAUUUGGCACCCACGAAUAAGAGAGAUCCAGGGGGCAAUCAUGGUAUCCAGCACAGUAGAGGUGAUGAUCGGGCUUAUGGGGCUGCCAGGAGCCCUGCUCAGCUACAUCGGGCCCCUCACAGUCACUCCUACUGUCUCCCUCAUCGGCCUCUCCGUCUUCCAAGCCGCCGGAGAUCGGGCUGGAUCCCACUGGGGCAUCUCAACCUUCUCCAUUUUCCUGAUCAUCCUCUUCUCCCAAUACCUCCGAAAUGUCACCUUCCGCCUGCCUGGCUACAAAUGGGGCAAAGGCUUCACCCUCUUCCGGAUCCAGAUCUUCAAAAUGUUUCCUAUCGUACUGGCCAUCAUGGCUGUUUGGCUGCUCUGCUACAUCCUGACCCUGACUGACGUGUUGCCUGCUGACCCCAAAACCUAUGGCUUCAGGGCCCGGACAGAUGCCCGUGGGGAGAUCAUGUCCAUUUCCCCCUGGGUCCGCUUCCCCUACCCCUGUCAAUGGGGCCUCCCCAGCGUGACUGCUGCUGCUGUUUUGGGCAUGUUCAGUGCCACAUUGGCGGGCAUCAUCGAGUCUAUUGGAGAUUACUACGCCUGCGCCCGCCUGGCUGGGGCCCCUCCUCCCCCUGUUCAUGCCAUCAACAGGGGAAUCUUUACUGAGGGCAUCUGCUGUAUUAUUGCCGGACUGCUGGGGACUGGGAACGGCUCCACUUCCUCUAGCCCCAACAUCGGUGUCCUGGGCAUCACCAAGGUGGGGAGCCGGAGGGUGGUCCAGUAUGGGGCCAUUAUCAUGCUGAUCCUGGGGACCAUCGGCAAGUUCACGGCUCUCUUUGCUUCCCUCCCUGACCCUAUUCUGGGAGGCAUGUUCUGCACUCUCUUUGGAAUGAUCACAGCAGUGGGCCUGUCCAACCUGCAGUUUAUUGAUAUGAAUUCUUCACGAAAUCUCUUUGUCCUGGGAUUCUCCAUGUUUUUUGGCCUGACGCUGCCUAACUACCUGGAUUCCAAUCCCACUGCCAUCAACACAGGCAUUCCUGAAAUAGACCAGAUCUUGACUGUGCUGCUAACAACAGAGAUGUUUGUGGGUGGAUGUCUGGCCUUUAUCUUAGACAACACUGUCCCAGGAAGUCCAGAAGAAAGGGGACUGGUACAGUGGAAAGCUGGAGCCCAUGCCAACAGUGAGACAUCUGCAAGUUUGAAGAGCUAUGACUUUCCUAUUGGUAUGAACACAAUCCAAAAGAUGACCUUCUUGAAGUACAUCCCUAUAUGUCCUGUCUUCAAGGGCUUUUCUUCAAAACCACAAGAACAGCCCUCUGCUCCAUUAGACAAUCCGGAAAACACAGACAUCCUAUCUCUGAGCACCAAGGUCUGAAAAAGUAACUUCUGAGAAAGGUCAGAUACAACAUGAGAAGAAGAAAAAUAGUCUAACAUUGCCAUCUUUUCAUAGAGCCAAAUGUAUAAAAGUCCCCAUUGCCUUGAGAUGAUGUGGUCAUAAUAAACAGCAAUAGGAGAUCAUCAUUCAAAAUGAAAUGAUUUUAGAUACCCCAAUGGAUGAAAAAAGCAGUGAAGUGUUUACUAUGGUGCCAAGCACUGUGUUUGUGACAUAAACACAAAAGCAAGGACAGUCCACUCCUUAAAGGAGUGUACAUUCUAACAAGGGGAGAGAAACAUAGGGUAGAGGUGACCCAGGGUCUGACUUUUUAAUCUCAAAAGUAUUGGGAUGCUAAGUGAGACUAUAUGGGAGUAAAUUCUUUUCUAAACAGACCUCUUCCAGAACAAUGGUAGAAUUUAUUAGAGUGUGGUUCCAGAAUUGGAAGAGAAGAAGGGAUAGGAAUGUGAAGAGCAUUGAGGUUAGGCAGAUGGAUCUACAAUAAAAAGUGAAGCAUGGCUGAGAAAGCUGUCAAGAAUCCCAGGGAGUAAGUUCUGGAAACAAAAGGGUUAAAACCUCUGGGGCACUUACUUUUUUUUUCACUCAAUAGUAUUUUAUUUUUUCUAAUUACAUGUAGAGAUAGGUUUCAAUAUUCACUUUUGUAAGAUUUUGAGUUCCAAAAUUUUUUUCUUCUUCCCUUCUUUCCCUUCCCCUUCCAUCCCUCUCCCCACGACAGCAUUUUAAAAUAGAUUUCUAUAUUAGAUAUUCUAUAUCAGAAUUUUUAAUUCUGUGAAUUUAAUGCUGUGAAAGAAAAAUCAAAGCAAAAGGGAAAAUCCAUGAGAAAGGAAAAAUCAAAAAGAUUAAAAUAGUAUGCUUCAAUCUGCAUUCAGUCUUCAUAGAUCUUUCUCUGAAUGCUGAUGGCAUUUUCAAUCCCAAUUCUAUUGGAAUUGUCUUAGAUCGCAGUUUUACUAAGAAGAGUGGUCUUUCAUAGUUGAUCAUCACAUAAUCUUGCUGUUGCCGUGUACAAUGUUCUCUUAGUUCUGCUUACUUCACUCAGCAUCAGUUCAUGUAAGUCUCUCCAGGCUUUUCUGAAAUCAGUCUGCUCAUCAUAUCUUACAGAACAAUAAUACUCUAUAACAUUCAUAUACCAUAAUUUAUUCAGCCAUUCCCCAAUUGAUGGCCAUCCAUUGUUUUCGAUUCCUUGCCACCACAAAAAGGGUUACUACAAACAUCUUUUACAUAUGGGUCUUUUCCUUUUUUUAUGAUUUCAGGCUCAAAAGUGACACUGCUGGACUAUAGUUUUCUAGUUCUUUGGGGCAUAAUUCCAAAUUGCUCUCCAGCUCCCCAACAAUUAAUCCCAAUUCACAACUCCAUCAAUAGGCAUUUACCUUAAAAAAUGUAUAUCACCUUAUAUGCCUUUUACUUUUAUAUAAGUCUUUUCAACAAGAUUCUAGUUGGAUCUUUGACAGGGAGGGAAGUUUUAUUAUCUCUUUACUCAAAGAGUUCAAUUUGCUUUUAGUGACUGUUCAUUUACAUAGUUGUGGUUAUUGGGUGUGUUGUCUUGGUUCUGCUUAACUUGCUCUGUAGCACUUCAUAGAAAUCUUCCUAUACUUCCCGGAAUUCUUCCUAUGUGUAACUUCUUACUGUCAAAUACAUCCUGCCCUUACAUCCUUAUGCUAUCAUUUUUUCAAUCAUAUUCCAACUGAAGGGAUCACUUUGCUAUCACAAAGGCUGCUGCUAUAAUUAUUUUGGUUAUAUGGGUAAUAUGCCCAGUAGUGAAAUUUCUGGAUCAAAGCAUGUAUAAUACAAUUGUUUUUCUUGUAUAACUACAAAACACUUUUCAAGUGAGUAUUGGACUCGACAACUCCAUCAAUGCAUUAGCGAGCCCUUCAACACUGGCUAUUUUUGGUCAUGCUUGCCAAUUUCCAUAAUAUAAGAUAAAACUACAAUACUCUUUUUUAUUAGCACAUUUCUUACUCUAUUUUUAAUAUUUUAAUAUAUUAUUUUUAACAACCUUUUCUUUUUUAAAUUUUAAGUUCCAAAUUUUUUCCUCCCUCUCUCCCCCUAUCCACAGAAAAGGCAAGCAAUAUGAUAUCACUCAUAUAAAUGAAAUCAUGCAUAACAGUAUUUCCAUAUUAGCCAUAUUUUCAAAAAAAGAAAGAAAAAUAAAGAAAAAAUUAUUCAAUUUGCACUGAGUUCAUCAAUUCUCUCUCAAGGUGGAUAGCAUUUUUUCAUCAUGAGUCCUUUGAAAUUGUCUUGGAUCACUGUAUUAAUCAGAGUAGCCAAAUCUUUCACAGAUUCAACAGGUCACUAUUACAAGAUUGCUGUUACUGUAUAUAAAUGUUCCAGUUUUGUCCCUUUAUUUUGCAUAAGUUCAUAUAAGUCUUGCUGUGUUUUUCUGAAACCAUUCCCUUUUUUAAUUCUUAUAGCACAAUGGUAUUUCAUCACAAUCAAAUGCCACAACUUCUUCAGUCAUUCUCCAAAUGAUCUUUGAUUCUCAAUUCUUUGCCAUCACUAAAAGAUCUGCUAGAAGUAUUUUUAUAAAAAUAGGUUCUUUCCUUUUUUCUUUGAUCUUUGUGAUAUAGACCUAAUAGUGGUAUUACUGGGUCAAAGAGUAGACUUUUUAUAGACCUUUGGUCAAAGGUCCAGAUUAUUCUCCAUAAUGGUUGGAUUAGUUCACUAUCCUACCAGUUGAUUAGUAUACCUAUUUUUCCCUCAUCUCCUCCACUAUUUGUUAUUUCUGAUAGACGUGAGAUACCUCAGAAUUUUUAAUCUACCUUUCUCUAAUCAGAAAGGAUUUAAAGCAUUUUCAUAUUAUAAAUAGCUCUGAUUUCUUUUUCUUGACCAUUCAUCAACUGGGAAAUGGUUUUUAUUUUUAGAAAUUUGACUUAGCUCUUUACUUAGUAUAUAUUUAAAAAAUGAGACCUUUCAAAGAAUUGGAAAAUUAGUAGAUGCUCAUCAAAUGGGGAAUGGCUGAAUAAGUUAUGAUAUAUGAAAGUAAUAGAAUAUUAUUGUUCUAUAAAAAAUAAUGAACAGGCUGGUUUUAGAAAGGCCUGAAUUUACCUGAACUAAUGCUGAGCAAAACAAGCAUUUUUGUUUGUACAUUGUACACAGCAACAGCAAGAUUGUGUGAUGAUCAACUAUGAUGGAUUUGUUUCUUCUCCGUGGUUCAGUGAUCCCAGGCAAUCCUAAUAAACUUUGGAUGGAAAACAUCUAAAUACAGAGAAAACUAUGGAGACUAAAUGUAAAUCAACACAUGCAUAUUGACUUUUUUUCUUGUUUUUUUUUCUCAUGGUUUUUCCCUUUUGUUCUAACUUUUUUCCCCAACAUGAUCCAUAAGGCAGUAUGUUUAAAAAAAAAAAAAAAAAAAGCAAUCUAUAAACAAAAAAAAAGUUAUUUUUACAUGUAAUUGGGGAAAGUAAACAUUAUAAAAAAUUUUUUUAGAUGAGGGCUUUAUCAGAGAAACUUGCUGUAAAAAUUUUUGAUAUUACUUCAUUGUCUAGGGCCCAGCUUCUUAAAUUGUGGAUCAUGACCCCAUAUGGGAUCUCAUAACAGAAUGUGGGGGGCUUGCAAAACUAUGACUAUCAAUAAAUGUAUGACUUGGAUGCCUAUUGUAUACACACCUAGGAUUACAUAAAAAUUUCUCAGGCAAAAAGGAGUUGUGAAUGGAAAGUUCAAGAAGCUCUGGUCUGUGGUUUAUUUUAGCAUAAUGUGGUUUCCUUAAUUAUUUCCUUUAAUUAGGGCUGUUUUGGCUUUUCUGUUGUCUGAGAUCAUGAUUGCCACCAAAGAUGAUGCUUUUUUAUUUGUUUGAAACAAAAGAUUUUGCGAUUCUGCUCCAGCCUUUAUUUUGUGUUUUUGUUUCAAGCAUGUCUAGUAAAUAACAUGUCGUUGGAUUCUGAUUUUUAAUCCAUCCUGCUAUUUGCUUUGGUUUUGUGAACUCAUUCUUUUCAUAUUCAGAAUUAUGAUUAUUGUGUAUUUUCCUCGAACCUAUUUUCUUGCUUCUUCCUCUCUCUUUAUCCUGUUCCUCCUCAAAAUUGUAUUUUGCUUCUAACCAUUGCCUCCCUUAAUCUGCCCUCUCUUUUUAUCAUCCCUGGUCCCCUUUCUAUCAUUCUUUUUCCUCCAAUUUCCUUAUUGGAUAAGUUACAUUUAUAUGGUGUAUAUAUUCUUCCCCCUUUGAAACAAUCCCAGUAAGAGUGAGGUUCAAGCAUUGCCUGCUAACUUCUCACCCAGCACUCUCUGCCAUUUUCCCCACCAUUUUAAAAGCUCUUCUUUGCACGCCUCUUUUAUGUGAGAUUUUUCCUUGUGCUUCAAACUUCCCCCUUCUCCCUGUACAUCCCUUUUCAUCUUCAUUUUUUAAAAAAUAAUUUCAACAGGGGCAGCUAGGUGGUGCAGUAGAUAGAGUACUAGCCCUAAAGUCAGGAGGACCUGAGUUCAAAUUUGACCUCAGAGACACUUAACACGUUCUGGCUGUGUGAUCCUGGGCAAGUCACUUAACCCCAAUUGCUUCACAAAAAAAUUAUUAUUAUUUCAACAUUAUUGACUCAUGCCCAUGCCUUCUAUCUAUUUAAACUCCUUAUAUUUGCUUUAAUGAUAAUAAAAUUCUUAGGAGUUACAUGUAACAUCUUCCCAUAUAAGAAUGUAAAUAAUUUAAAUUCCUUAUGAUUACUUUCAUAUUUGCCUUAAAUCUCGUAAGUCUUCAACUUCACCAGGAAUGCUUGAAAGUUGUUUAUUUCACGAAAUAUCCAUUCCCCUAUUCCCAGAAGGAUUAUACUCAGUUUUGCUGGAUAGGUUACUUUGAUUGUAAUCCUAGCUCCUUUGCUUUCUGGAAUAUAUUUCAAGCCCUCUAUUUAAACUAGGAAGCCAUUAAAUCUUGUGUGAUUUAUCUAUGGUUUCACUGUUUUGAAAUGUUUGUCUUGCUGCUUGAAGUAAUUUCUUUUUGUCUUAAAAACUCUAAAAUGUGGCUAUAAUUUUCCUAUAAGUUUUUAUUUGGGGAUCUCUUUUAGGAGGUAAUUAGUGAAUUUUUUUCAAUUUCUAUUUAAUCCUUUGGACCUAAGAUAUUGGGCAGUUUUUCUUGACAUUUCCUUGAAUACAAUGUUUGGGCCCUUUCUUUGAUCAUAAUUUUCAGGUAACCCAAUCUCAAAUUAUCUCUCUUCUCUUUCCCAAGUCAGAUAUUUUUCCAAUGAGAAAUCUCAUUUUCUUCUAUUUUGAUUUUUAACUUUUGACCUUAUUUCUUGAAGUCUCAGAGUCAUUAGUUUCCACUUGCCCAAUUCUAAUUUUUAAGGAAUGUUUUUCUUCAGGGAGCUUUUAUACCUAUUUUUUCUUUAGCCAAUUCUGCUUUAUAAAGAGUUCUCUCUUCAACGAAUUUUUGUACCUCUUCUACCAUUAGAACAUAAAAAUUCAUUUUUUUCUCUCCCAUAGUUUCCCCCAAAAAUGAUACAGAAAUGUGUAUCAAUAAUUAAUUAAAAAAAAAUUUGUUCACAUUCUUUGACUACUUAUCAAUUGGGGAUAUCUUCUAGCGUUAUUUAUACUCUCGCAUGUUUAUAUAUAUAUGUGUAUAUAUGUAUUGUCAAUUCUCUAUACUUUCAACAGGGGACUUUCAUUGAUGAUGUUUUUUAAGUUCUUUCAAUUUGUUUUCUUUUUUUAUUAUUAAAUUUUUAUUUUUCCCCAGUUAGAUUCAAAAAUAAUUUUUAACAUUCAUCUCUAAAACUCUGAAUUCCAUAAUACAGAGUAAAAGAUACUAUUAUCCUUUUUCUGUCCAAGUUUUCUUUGAAAAAUGAAUCAUAUAGAAACAUUUUAUAUGAUUGCACAUGUUUAACAUAUAUAAAAUUGCUUAGCAUCUCAAGGAAGGAAUAGAGAUGGGACAGAGAAUUUGGGACUCAAAACUGAAAAAAAACCCACAAAAGUUAAAAAAUUGUUUUUACAUGUAAUUGGGGGAAAACAUAUUAUUAAAAAAUAAUUGUGAAUUCCAAAUUCCCUCCCUUCUUCCCUCUCCCCACCUCUCACUGAAAAAGCAAGCAAUUUGCUAUAAGUUAUAUGUGUAGCGAAGCAAAACAUUUCCAUAACAGCCAUACUAUGAAAGAAAACAGACAUCCCCCCAAAAAAGCUCUUCAGAAAAAUAAAAGUACAAAAGUCUGUAUUCAGACAUCAUAAGUUCUUUCUCCAAGUAUGGAUAGUAUUUUUCAUUAUAAGUCCUUUAGAGUUAAGUAUUACUAAAAAUAGCUAAGUCAUUCACAGCUGAGUGUAACAUCCUGCUCAUUAUAAUAGUAUUCCAUCAUAAUCAUAUAGCAUAAAUUGUUCAUUUAUUCCCCAAUUGAUAGAAAUCCCAUCAAUUUCCAAAUCUUUGCCACCACAAAAACAGCAAAUAUUUUUGUAUAUAUAUGUCCUUUUCCCUUUUUUUUUUUUUAAUCUCUUUUUAAAAGCAGAGCUAGUAGUUGUAGUGCUAGAUCAAAGGGUAUGUAUAGUAUGGUUUUAUAGCCCUAUGGGCAGAGUUCCAGAUUGUUCUACAGAAGAGAUGAAUCAAUUCACAACUCCACCAAAAUAACAUUCUCAAUUUUCCCUCAUUCCCUCCAUCAUUUGCCAUUUUAGAGUGUGUUAGAGCAUUUUUUCAUGUUAAUAGAUAGGUUCGUGACUUCAUCUGAAAAAUUUUCAUAUCUCUGGAUCAUUUAUCAAUUGAGGAAUGGUUCUUUUUUUUUUUUUUU